AUGCGUGGCCAUGCCUGUGGUUUGCUGCUCCUGGCCCAGGUAGCGGGGCAGGCCACUGGCAUGACCAUGAGCGAGCGGAAGAGAGUCAGCGUCUGUGGCGAGACGUUCACGGAAGACCAGAUAGUGUCGGGGCAGGCCCAUAUCUCAGAGGCCGUGUUCAUGGUGGGCGUGGACCCGAAGGAGCAGACGGCCUCGUUGCUUGCAGCGGCCAAGGCGGAGCUGGCCUGGGAACCGCAGACGACGUUCGCGAAUAUUGGCCUGUUUUGGGGCACGAUGGGUCAGGACCAGGUGCUGUGGUUCAUGAGAAGGGACGAAAUCAAGUAUAUCCAGGCGGACUGCCAAACUCAGGCAGCCACGGGUGGCGCAAGUGGCGCCGCGGGACCGCGUGGCUCACAUUCAACAGAGUCCGCGUGA